GCGUUGGAUGCUGGGAAAUGUAGGUUGUUGUGGAAUCGAAAAUGGUAGACGUACAGCCUCCACCCUUCCGAACCUUGGAUGAUUUCGUUUUGGGCUCGGCUCGGUUCGCAGUUCCAGAUGUUAGGAAUUUAGAAAGAUGGAACAACAGAGUAAUCAACAACUUGUUGUAUUACCAGUCCAACUAUUUCGCUUCUGCGUUGGCGUUUUUGGUAAUUGUAGGCUAUUUCCAGCCGUUCCACCUCUUCCUGGGCGCAGCGGUGGUGACCGUGCUGUUUGUGGGCUUCGUGUGGGCCGCAGAGCACCAGGCUCCCAUACGGCGUUUCCGGCGGCGGAACCAUCCGACCGUGGCGCUGGGCUGCAUCCUGGGGGCCAGUUACCUCCUCCUGUCAGUGCUGGGGGGGAUCGCCGUCUUCCUGUUCGGCAUAGCCUUCCCCAUCCUGAUGAUACUGAUUCAUGCGUCGGUCAGGCUGCGGAAUCUGAAGAACAAGGUCGAGAACAAGCUUGAAAGCAUCGGUCUGAAGAGGACCCCUAUGGGUAUGCUGCUAGAGGCCCUAGGUCAGGAGCAGGAGGCCGGCUCCUAGGUCACAGGUCGGGGUCAGGGGUGGUAGGCCAGCUAGGCUCUGCUGUGCCCCAGUUCUCUAUCUUCCUCACCGAAGUCUCCAGAGGGGCCGCUUCUUUGCCAAACAUAUGUUACCCGCCCCCCCCCCCCCUCCUCUGUUUCAAGUAUCCAACACAAACACACUCGCCCAGUCCUAACAGUUUCGGACUGACACAAGCAAUAGAGUCACUACACGUAAGGCUUUGAGAUGGAGCAGGACCAGUCAAGGGCAGUUUUGGAGAGAGGGGAUCGGAGGACGGACUUGGAAGAGGGAGGGGGUGUUAGUCAUAGCAUACAGACAAAGAAACAUUUCUGUCAGACGCACUAAUCUGUUGAAGAUGUUUUUACCCCUCGAUAGUGCAAUCGCCCUGCCUAGCUUGUCUGCCUCGCACCCAAGCACCACCUGCUGAAACACGGACAGAGGAAUGGGUGGGCUGCAAGGAGAUGAAGGAUGUUUUAAUGUAGGUCUACGUAUAUAAGAUGAGAUCAGAGUUAAAAGUGAGUUGAGCGAUGUGAAAUGAAGGUGUGUGCACAAACCUGUAUUUAUAUGUCAGAGCUCUGCGAUACUGUUCUCCUCUAUUUGUGCUGGGUUGAUGAAGUGUAACGGUUGUGGUUGCAUAGCAGGUUGGCAUGUUCUGCCGUAGCAACAGCUUAGUAGGAAACUUCAUUUGGGUUUCUAGAGAUGUGUUUGGGAAAUGUUGUAUGUUUUCCCGGUAAAUGACCUAGGAAGCGGGAUUGGACCGGAUACAGGAUUACAUGAACUGCAUCAUUCCUACAGUGUUCACUACAGUGUCUUUAUGCCUUUCUGUCAACAAGCAACUUGUCGUGGUCGCAUAAAUGUCUGUCUUAUUAGAUUCACUGUUAUGUUAUCCAUGGUUGAUUCUUUUACAAUUGCCUUGUAUGUACUGACACACUGUAGUGUUAAAACAAUGACCACAACUGGUGGUAAAAUGUAUUAAACUUUUGUAAAAACAAACAAACAAACAAAAAACAUCUACAGUAGACUAUAAUGUCAUUUAAAUAUUUUAAUUAUUAUGUAAUUCUUGUAAUUCAAUUCCUUAUGCUCAGUGAAGAUAACCCACGGCAGAUGGCAGCAAUGUAUCGGCCUGUCUGUCUGUGUUUCUCUCCCUGUGCUCUCACACACACGGAAUUGCCUCCCUGUGAGAACGUUAAAUGGGCGUGUGGUUUGUAGGCGUAUGGAUUGAUGUUAUGUAGUGUAGUUAUGGAAAAAGGAAACGGGGCGUCAUUUCAGGGAAUGAACAACAUCGCCAGCCUGAUAAAGUAAGACGGUUUAAAAGCGAUCGCCUUUAUUCGGAAAGUGUACAACUCGAAUAGGCUAACAGGACGCCGCCCGCCUUUCAACUUCAUGCGAUUGACACCUCACUGUUCUGAACGUCAGGAGUUAAAUGAAGAGGAUAUAUUUUUGUAUUUUUAACCUGUUCUAACAUAGCAAGGAAAGUUCGUGAAUCAGUGUACACCAGACACUGGCCUUUUCUUCGCAGUCAACUUCUGAGUAACAAUCAAAACAUUUGAGACUUUCCUCUGAACUGUGCCCAAGACAUUUCCCCCGAGGCUA